UUUUCUAAUGCAGACAACUUAUUAAUAGGUGAUCGAUUAUUAGGUGGUAUAGGUAUCAUGGGGUUUGAAAUUGUGCUCAACCUACUUUGGAUGCUUGUUCUCGUUAUAUACUAUCAGUUAGAAGCAAUUGUUAAAUUCUUCAUUCAACCAAGUAGAAAGGAUGUUUCGGGACAAGUUGUCCUGGUAACUGGAGCUGGAAGUGGUAUAGGUCAAAGACUAUCCGUUGAAUUUGCAAAACUAGGUUGUACAAUUGUUGGGUGGGACGUUUCACAAAAAAAUUUGAAUGAAACCAGCAAGGUUAUGGAGGAAGAAACUGGAAAAGAAUUUUAUGCUUAUACUUGUGAUUUAAGCGACAGGGAAGCUAUCUACAAAACAGCAGAAAAGGUGAAACAAGACAUUGGUCGGGUUGAUAUUCUCAUAAAUAAUGCUGGAAUUGUUUCUGGAAAAACAAUCCUGAAAUGCUCCGAUAGCAUGAUGCAAAAAACAAUGGAAGUCAACACUAUGGCUCAUUUCUGGACUCUGAAAGCCUUUUUACCGGAAAUGUUGGAGAGAAACGAGGGGCACGUUGUAACCAUUUCCAGUGGUGCUGGCUAUUUUGGUGUACCAGGACAAGUUGACUAUGCUGCAAGUAAAUUUGGAGCAGUGGGUAUGUGUGAGGCGCUCCACCAAGAACUCCAACACACUGGGAAGACUGGUGUGAACGUUACUUGUGUUUGUCCUUAUUAUAUAAACACCGGAAUGUUUGAAGGAGUAAAAACCAGCUUCAUGCCGAUCUUGGAGAAGGACGAUGCAGUCGCAAGAAUUAUAGAUGCGAUUCUUCGUAACCAGUAUUUGUUAAUGCUACCAAAAAUGCUCUACUUGUUUGCUGUUAUGAAGAGUCUUCUACCAACAAAGGCGUUGCUCGUCGUUGGAAAAUACACCGGUGUUAACGCAGCGAUGGAUGACUUCAUUGGUCGCAAAAAGGUGGACUGAAUAUUUUCAGAGCCAUCAACUAAUUCAGGAAAUAAAUUCAAGUUGAACUUCAAUAUGUACUUCAAAAAUAUUUGUAUUUUUUUUAUGCGAGUAUCUUGUGCUGCUCGCCUAUAUUAUUUGGUGUAUCAUAGAUGUGAACUUCAUUUUUUAAUCUGUAUAAUUAAAAGUUUUAUUAUAAUAAGUGAAGGGUUUGUUUGAAGUCUAUUAGCAUUCUGUACUCUUUAUUUUUGAUUUAACAUUGUGAAUAAUUUAUACACUCCGAUGCUUCAUUGUUUUACAAUCACGUAUUUGCGCUAUUAUAAUUAUUAUUAUUAUUGUCGUACUUUAAUAAUUAAUGGCGUCGAUAUGAAUUGUGAUUAUAUGUUUCUUCAAUUUAUUACGAUUAAAAAAAUUGUAAUUUACUUCAUUGGGCAGUGCAUGGGUCUUACAGACGUCUAACCAAUAUGCCGUUAUACUCACUAAUAUAACAUUACCAAUAAUAGAAUAAAAUAACAUUUGAGUUUAGAAAAAAUGCAUAUUUAGCAAACAUAUCAAAUUCAGAAUGCCUUUUAACCGUAAAAUUUGAAUGCUAGACUCAGUUCAGAGCCUGCUUAAGGGCUAUUGCAAAUAGCUCAUUGAAAUAAAAUGCCACGAAUUCACCGAUUCCUAAAUCAUGUAACUGCGCCACGCGGGGAUUUAAAUGAUGUAUUUUUAUGCGAUGUAUGUAUGAUACGACACAUCAUGUUUUUCUAUUUUUACUAUGCACAAAUAGGUAUUUUCUAGAUUCAAAAACACACUUCGUAAUUUGAAGUGUUCUAAUUGAAAGGCGGUCUAUUUUUUGACCUAAUAUGCAGUCACAAUUAUGGUUGGAAUUUUAGCGAUAAGCGAUUUCCAGGCUUGUCAAUGCGACAUCUUUUUCUAUCCCAUCCCCUAUAGCCAUGUAUGCCCGUCCCGUGGAAAUCCCAUACCCACCGAGAAGCCCGAAGAUUUCAGUGAAAUUUCAAAUUUGUACUACUGUAUCCAAUUCAUAGUUUGAACAUCUAUGUCAAUAAGUUUUCUAAAAUAGGAUCCCAGCAUGAUCCUAUUUGAAUUAUCGUUAGUGUUACAACAGGCUUCCCACCUUAAAAUAAACAAUUCAUAUUUUAUCUGACUGAAACAAGUUUUAUUCAUCAAAAAAAAGAAAAUGGAACACUUGAAAGGAUCACAGUGAAAAAUAAAAAAAAUUCCACAA